AUGGCUACUACUCUGAAGAAGUUGAAUUUCAUUACUGGCAACAAAAACAAACUAGCAGAGGUCAGGGCAAUUUUAGGCGGCGUGGUUGAGGUUGACAAUCAGGCAAUUGAUGUUCCCGAGAUACAGGGGACAAUAGAAGACAUCGCCAAAGAAAAAUGCCGACAGGCAGCAAAGGUGGUAGGAGGUCCAGUUCUCACGGAGGAUACAGCCCUUGAAUUUCACGCCCUGGGUGGCCUUCCUGGCCCAUACAUGUAA